GAAUAUUCACUUUUCAAAGUACAUUUUUUUCAGUCCUCGGUGGAGCUUAUUCAGCGCUUGGAAGAUAUAAUAAAGAAUACGCGAUUAGGGCUAAAAAAUUUGCUCGUAACCAAAUUAAACUUGCUAAAAAAUUACAAGAUCCCGAGUUAGAAUGUAAAUGUUGGAUCUAUUAUUCUGAAGGUUUAAUUCAACUUGGGAAAUUCAAAAAAGCCAAGAUGAUCAUCGAACAACAAAAGACUUUUGUAGCUAAU